CGUCCCCGGAUGCAGCCGGGUCACCCUCAGCCCGCCGUCCUGGUGCUGGGAGGAGCAGCGGUGGGGUUGGAGGGCCGAGGCUCUGCGGACCUCUUGUUCUGAGAAAAACCGUGACGCGCCCGCUCCGCCGCCGCCGGAUGCUACCACUUCUCGCCUGCGGUCCAGGGAUCUUUCUCCGGUGAGGGCCGAGGCGGCCUCCUGGACAUCCCAAGCAAGGACGGGCGCAGCUGCUUCCCAGAUUUUUGCUGUGAGAAUUAAUUACCAGUAACAGUUCAAUAUGGGGGACAUUCUGGCUCAUGAAUCUGAAUUACUUGGACUAGUGAGAGAGUAUUUAGAUUUUGCUGAAUUUGAAGACACCUUGAAAACAUUUUCAAAAGAAUGCAAAAUAAAAGGAAAACCAUUGUGUAAAACAGUAGGUGGAUCUUUCAGAGACUCCAAAUCAUUGACAAUUCAGAAGGAUCUUGUUGCUGCAUUUGACGACGGAGACCAGAAGGUGUUCUUCAGUCUGUGGGAGGAGCACAUUCCCAGUUCCGUCCGAGAUGGGGACUCCUUUGCCCAGAAGCUGGAAUUCUAUCUCCACAUCCAUUUUGCCAUCUAUCUUCUGAAGCACUCUGUGGGGAGACCGGACAAAGAGGAGCUGGAUGAAAAGAUUUCUUACUUCAAAACCUACCUGGAGACCAAAGGGGCAGCCUUGAGCCAGACCACAGAGUUUCUUCCUUUCUAUGCCCUUCCUUUUGUUCCCAACCCUAUGGUGCACCCGUCAUUUAAAGAACUCUUCCAGGAUUCCUGGACUCCAGAGUUAAAGUUGAAGUUGGAAAAGUUUCUAGCUUUAAUAUUUAAAGCCAGCAACACGCCAAAGCUUUUAACAAUAUAUAAGGAGAAUGGACAAAGUAACAAAGAAAUGUUGCAGCAGCUCCACCAGCAGCUGGUUGAAGCUGAACGUAGGUCAAUGACAUACCUCAAACGGUACAAUAAGAUCCAGGCCGACUACCACAAUCUUAUUGGAGUCACAGCGGAACUGGUGGAUUCUCUAGAGGCCACAGUCAGCGGCAAGAUGAUCACCCCUGAGUACCUCCAGAGCGUCUGUGUCCGCCUGUUCAGUAACCAGAUGCGGCAGAGCCUGGCGCACAGUGUGGACUUCACGAGGCCUGGGACGGCAUCCACCAUGUUACGAGCCUCCUUGGCACCCGUGAAAUUGAAGGAUGUCCCAUUACUGCCCUCCUUGGAUUAUGAGAAACUGAAGAAGGAUUUGAUUUUGGGGAGUGACCGCUUGAAAGCCUUCUUGUUGCAGGCUCUACGCUGGCGCUUGACCACAUCCCAUCCCGGAGAGCAGAGGGAGACCAUUCUGCAGGCCUACAUCAGCAACGACCUCUUGGACUGUCAUAGCCACAACCAGAGGAGUGUGCUUCAGUUGCUGCACUCCAAGAGUGACGUGGUGCGGCAGUACAUGGCCAGGCUCAUCAAUGCUUUUGCGUCACUGGCAGAAGGUCGCCUCUACCUUGCCCAGAACACAAAGGUGCUGUGGAUGUUGGAGGGAAGACUGAAGGAGGAGGACAAGGACAUCAUCACCAGGGAGAAUGUUCUUGGGGCCCUGCAGAAGUUCAGCCUCAGGCGCCCCCUGCAGACAGCGAUGAUUCAAGACGGCCUCAUCUUCUGGCUGGUUGAUGCUCUGAAGGACCCCGACUGCCUGUCUGACUACAUGCUGGAGUACUCGGUGGCUUUGCUUAUGAACCUCUGUCUCCGCAGCACAGGGAAGAACAUGUGUGCCAAGGUGGCAGGCCUCGUGCUCAAAGUCCUUUCGGAUCUUCUUGGCCAUGAAAACCAUGAGAUACAGCCAUAUGUGAAUGGAGCUUUGUACAGCAUCCUUUCUGUUCCAUCCAUCCGUGAGGAAGCAAGAGCAAUGGGAAUGGAAGACAUCCUACGCUGCUUCAUCAAAGAAGGCAACGCUGAAAUGAUCCGCCAGAUAGAAUUCAUCAUCAAGCAGCUUAAUUCCGAAGAGCUACCAGAUGGCGUUCUUGAAUCUGAUGAUGAUGAAGAUGAAGAUGAUGAAGAGGACCAUGACAUCAUGGAAGCCGAUCUGGACAAAGACGAACUGAUCCAGCCCCAGCUCGGAGAACUCUCAGGAGAGAAGCUUCUGACCACGGAGUACCUGGGGAUCAUGACCAACACGGGGAAGACAAGGCGGAAGGGGCUGGCCAAUGUGCAGUGGAGCGGGGAUGAGCCCCUGCAAAGGCCCGUCACCCCCGGCGGCCACAGAAACGGGUACCCAGUGCUGGAAGACCAUCACACACCUCCCCAGACAGCCCAACACCCCACAAACAGCCACCCGCAGGCCUUGCCAAACCUUCAUGAGGCUGUCUACAGGGAGGGCAAGCCCAGCACCCCGGAGUCCCGCGUCUCCUCUUCAUCAGCCAUCAACGCCAAGCCAGGAGAGUGGCUCCCAAGAGCACGCCAGGAGGAGCCUCAUCCGGCCCCCACGGGGACCUCCCGCCAGCCAAGGGAGGUGCCCCAGGACCCAGGCAGUGGAGAGACCACCAGGGAAUGUGCAUCAGCCUUCACCUGCAAGCCCCGGGCCCCCGGCACUCCAGAGAUGAUGGACUGGAACCUACCCAAGGCAAAGGCGUCAGUUCUGGCCCCUCCGUUCUCUUCGUGUGGUCCCCAGCAGGCCAGCCGCCCCGGCUCCACAGCGUCCUCCACAAGGGGCCUGCCGAGCAGCCAGUCUCACAGGAAGUAAGGAUGUCCCCGGGUGUCCCCAUCACGUUGCCGGAGGACCAGCCAGCUUCCCGCUCUCAGCUGGCAGCAGCUGCCAGUGAUGGAUGUAAAGGGACAGUUGUCCACAAGACUCGGGGAGCUGAGGGGAGGCCGGCUCUCCAGGCAGCAGCAGACCAAGGCCAUCGCAGCCCCACCGGCCGGGUCACUUUCUCCCGGGGCAGAGCCACCAAGGAGGGCUGGGGAGAGCCUGGAACUGCGUCCUGGAGAGG